AUUAUAAGUACACAUACGAUAUUAUUGUAUUUUGCACUUAAUGCAAAUUGUAUGCUUAUGAUAUAGAUGUGCGCGUAACAAACAACUACCUGCAAAUUAAUAUGGUGCACAGCUAACACAGAAAAAUUAGUCUUUGCCUUCUUAUACUGUUGUGCAUUUUAGACCAUGCAUUAUGUGCACAUUACGUUCCAUCACAAAACCAAAACCAAAACAUAAACAUAAAUAAUGAUAUAUUAAUAGGCGUGGGAAUCAUUCUAGAUAUGGAGUCACCGAUUGGGAAGUCCAUUCACAGUUGCAUUACCAUGGCGAUAUCUGAUUUUUAUGCUCUUCAUCACAGUUACAAAACAAGGAUAGUUCUUCACACUAGGGACUCCGAGGGAGAUCCAGUAAAAGCUCUUUCAGCUGUAGAUCUUCUUCUGAAAAACACAAAGGUGCAAGCUAUCAUAGGCCCAGAAACACAUCUUCCGUCAAAGUUCUUGUCCGCGUUUGCUGAUAAAGCUGCAGUUCCUAUAUUUUCUUUUGCAAGUUCAUCCUCAAGGGAACACCCAUACUUGUUCCAAAUCAAACAAGACGAAUCCACUAUGGCGAAAAGCAUUGCUGCCCUUGUGAAAUCAUUCAAUUGGAGGAAUGUUAUCUUUAUUCAUGAGGACACUGAUGAUGGUAGAGAGAUCUUACCAUAUCUAGCUGAGUCGUUGCAAGAUAAAAACAUCCGUAUCAGUUAUAGAAGUGCCAUUUCUGCCUCAGCCACAUAUAAUAGCAUCACCCAAGAGUUGCGUAAGAUCAUGACUUUUCACACAAGUGUAAUUAUCAUAUAUGUGUCACCUUCACUAGCAUCUAGCCUUAUCAUAAAUGCAAAAAUGCUAGGAAUGGUUUUAGGUCGUAUGUUCCACCAUCAGACAAAAUGGCACAACUUGUUUUACGGAAAUAAUUUCACCUCAAUAACAAAAGAAGUGCCUGUCCCUGCCUUAUGGGCAUACGAUACAAUUUGGGCACUUGCGGAGUCUGUAGAGAAGGUUGGAGACCCACAUAAUGGUUUUAUGCUUUUACAUGAAGUUUUGAAAAUCAGAUUUAAGGGUAUAAGUGGUGAUUUUCAGCUUAGUGAAGGAAAAGUAUUAUCCAAUGGAUAUGAGAUUAUGAAUGCAGUCGACAAUGGUGAGAGGAGAGUAGGAUAUUGGACAUUAUCAAAAGGAAUCAAGAGAGCACAUCCACAUAUUAACAGCGACCGUUUAUAUCCUAGUCUAGGUUCUGAAGCAGUUGUCUGGCCCGGAGGGUCUACAACUGCUCCAAAAGAUCAUGAUGUUGAGAAAAAGAUUACAACUGCCACUGGGUUCUCCGCAGAUGUAUUCUAUACUUGCAUUUGUGCGUUGCCAUAUAAAGUGCCAUACACGUUCAUUUCAUUUGAUAACGUCAGUAUCGACGAUCUUGUACAGAAGGUGUACAAUGAGGAAAUCGAUGCAGUAAUUGGUGAUUCAACAAUCUUGGCCAACCGAUCUGAGUAUGUUGACUUUACAGCGACUUACACGGAUUUGGGUGUAGGAACAUUAGUAAGAAUCAAGAAAAAAGACGUGUGGUUCUUCUUGAAGCCGCUGCUGGACAUUUAUCUAUGGCUAGUUGCUAUUGGUUCUUUUAUCUUCAAUGCCAUAGUUGUUUGGGCUAUUGAACGUAUGAAUCCAGAUUCGGAAGUUUCACGUGGAACAGUAUCCCGGACGUCCUUCCUAUUGACCAUCUUAUUUGCUCAAAGAGAUAACCUUUCGAGGAAUCUGUCAAAAUUUGUAAUGUUUGUCUGGUUCAUCGUGUUGCUUGUCUUGUUCACGAGCUACGAUGCAUUUUUGACUUCACUGUUGACAGUAGAGCAAUUUGAAUCGGCAUCAAAGAGAGGAAUUGUGGGGUUUCAUGGAGGUGAUUUUAUGAAAGGUGUGACAGUCAACAACCUGCACUUUGAAAAUUGGAACCACCGUGCAUACUACUCAUACGAGGAUUAUGCUCAUGCUUUAUCAGAAAAAGGUGAUGCUGAUGCCAUUGUUGAUGAAAUUCCAUACAUCAAGAUGUUUCUUAGCAGGUACCCUGGUGAUUAUACCUUGGUCUCCUCUCAACCUAUCACUUCUGGUUUUGCCUUUAUAUUCCAAAAAGGUUCACCACUUGUUGAAGACUUAUCAAGAGAAAUCGCCAAGAUAAGAUUAGACGGAACUCUAAGAAGUUUGGAGAACAAGUGGUAUGAGAAUCAGAUACCUCUUCCGUCCAGAAAUUCUACAAUGCCCGAGCUUUCCUUGACGCUUGAUAAACUUGGUGGUCUUUUUAUUAUGAGUGCAGCCACUUCUACUCUAGCCCUUAUGAUUUCUUUCUUUUACCUACUUCAUGUCAUGUUUACAGAGGGAUUUAACUAUUUAGCAAUCGAUGGUUUAUAAGGAUUUUGAGGGAUUUUUUUUGUUGGAUCGAAGAAAAUCUUGAAUUGAUUGGGCUCUCUAAAACAUAUAUGUGUUAGCCUGUACAUGUAUUUUAUUGUGUGUGUAUUUGUAAUUUAUGCGGUUC